AAAGAUGGCGGGACGUAGACGCAGAGAUCCUGCGACGUUACACACCGUGACGACAACGAAAAGCGACACGACAUGAGCGGAAUAAGUGGUUGUCUCAGAAAACGAGUUUAAAACUCGAGCUGUUAGGGACGUUUUAAAUGCUGUUCAGUGAACCCUGGACCAGUUGUUUCUGGUGUCAGUGACGUCUUUGAUCAGAAGAUGGCCACCCCGAGCAAAACACCACCCGGUGCGGAUCCCAAACAACUGGAACGAACUGGGACUGUACGGGAGAUUGGUUCUCAGGCAGUGUGGUCCCUGUCCUCAUGUAAACCCGGCUUUGGUGUGGAUCAGCUGAGGGAUGACAACCUGGAGACCUACUGGCAGUCUGAUGGAUCACAGCCCCACUUAGUGAACAUACAGUUUAGGCGACGUACAACGGUGAAAAUGUUGUGCAUUUAUGCUGAUUAUAAAUCUGAUGAGAGCUACACACCCAGUAAAAUCUCAGUCCGAGUGGGCAACAACUUCCACAACCUGCAGGAAGUCAGGCAGCUGGAGAUGGUGGAGCCCAGCGGCUGGAUCCACAUUUCUCUCCUUAAUCAGCGUACCAACGAGCCAAUCAGCACCUUCAUGAUCCAGAUCGCGGUGUUGGCCAACCAUCAGAACGGAAGAGACACUCAUAUGAGACAGAUCAAAGUUUACACACCCGUGGAAGAGAGUUCCAUUGGAAAGUUCCCACGAUGCACCACGGUAGACUUCAUGAUGUACCGCACCAUCCGGUGACCUGAGCUGUCGUGUGACAUGACAUCUGGAGCCAUGAAACUCCCAGCAGAGAGAAAAAUGUUGGACUGAUGAUACCUGCUGAUUGGUCGAACAAUCAGUUUAAUAAAGUUUUGUCAAUGUUUGUUUCUUAAAAUAUAGCUUUUGUUUUGCUUGAUCUAAACCUCCUGUCUGAUGAUGUCAUUAUGGUGUUUUGCACCAAUCAGAUUUCACUGUUUCAGUCGGUUUCUAGUCUUUGAGGUUGUUGUCCUGAGUCCUGCCUGGCUGGCUGUGGUGUGUUGGGCAAACACCAAAAUCCCUCACCUACAGUGAUGUGUUAAAUACAGAGAACAAUUAUCUUUGUGCUUGUAUAUUUAUACUGACCAAUAAUGAGAUAAUUCCUUCUUUAUGUAGUCCUUACAGGCCAGCCAUUGGCUGUACUAUGGACACAUUUUUCUGUCCCAUUGUUGAUGUAAUUAGUUUAAUUAUAUGGUUAACUUUGUUGUAUUAGAAAUGUUGCAUAUUCAACCAUUUUAAUGCUUUAUUUUCUGUGGAGUAUUUUAAUCUGUUUGUGCUUUUUGUGUUUACUAGAUAAACUUUCAUUUACAUUUUUACCUUGUAUGUGUUUUUGCUUAAUGAACUUAUGUGCUGUUAAUAUUUAACUAGUUAACUUUUAACUACAUUUGUUGCUUACUGGUUGGUGUCUCUCUGUAUAAUAUUUUAUAAACUAUGUAUUGUAUUUGUAUUUUAGAUACUGUAUGUUUGGCCAAUUAUACAAAACUAGAGCAAA